GCUUGGUGCACCAAUCAUUGCCUUGCAGCUCCGGCUGAACCCAGUUCACUUGUGUUUAAUGAAUUCUCAACCUCCUCUCUUUAAAUCUUCAUCUAAAGCUAAGGGUAGGUCACAUUUGACCAUAGAGCAGCUAAAUGUCUUAUUCUGCUCCCUCUUGAUCCACAGUGUCGACUCCAGAGUCAAGAAGCAGCAGCAGGGCUGAGAGAAGAAUGAGAAGUCUCUGCUAUAUCCGGUGUGUGAGGAAACUGUUGGGCUCAACUCAAGCAUUCCAGACUCUUAAAGGGACAAACCUGCACAGAUCUGUAAAUCGACUGCAACACACUAAGGUCAUGGACGAGGAGAAACCGUGGGCUCUGAUCUCAGAGGUGGGCGAGCAGGGUUAUCUGGAAGAAGUCACCGAUGUAAUGAAACAGCACUUCCACAUCGUCUGCCACAGAGACUUUUCACAGAACCCUCAGCUGUACGGUGAUAAAAUCCAGGCCAUGUUCGUGUGGAACGCUCAACCUGCAGCUGAGCCUUCGCUGCUCACCGCUCUGCCAUCGCUGAAGGUGGUCGCCAACGGAGGAGUGGGCAUCGACCACCUGGAUGUGCCGUACAUCUCCAGCCUCGGGGUGAAGGUGACCAACACGCCCGGCGUCGUGAGCGAUGCCACCGCUGACAUGGCCAUGGCUCUGCUGCUGGCAUCGGCACGGAGGGUUGUUGAAGGUCACCAAGCAGCCGUUGACCCCAAGACGAGCCAUUUACCACUAUGCUUGAUGGGAUUUGAAGUCACAGGGGCCACUCUGGGGAUCAUUGGAAUGGGAGACAUCGGAUACAAAAUAGCUCGGAGGAGCAAAGGAUUUGACAUGAAGAUCUUGUAUCACAACAGGAACAGAAGGAGCGUUGAGGAUGAGCGAGCGGUGGGAGCGAGUUACCGUCAGAACAUGGACGACCUGCUGAAGGAGUCGGACUUUGUGAUGCUGGCGGUCAACCUGACCCCUGAGACCACCAGGCUGAUCAGCCACAGAGAGAUGUCCCUCAUGAAACCCACGGCGACGCUGGUCAACAUCAGCAGAGGUCUGGUUGUGGACCAGGACGCUUUGGUGAAAGCUCUGCAGUGUGGGACAAUUGGAGCUGCUGCGUUAGACGUGACUCAUCCUGAACCUCUACCAAGGGAUCAUCCUCUACUCACUCUUCCUAACGUGCUGAUCACCCCACACGUCGGCACCAACACUUACGCCACAACCAGACGGAUGGUGCAGACGAUGGUAGAAAGCGCUGUGGCUGCAGUGACAGGACAACCCAUCCCCAAUGAAGUCAAGCCGACAUGAAAGUACAUCAUUUGUCUGAGUGUAGAAGCACUGAAUUGUUAGUAUUAGUGUCUCAACCAAGAAAAAGUAAUGAAAAGUUAUUUAAGAUUCAGACAACUUUAUUGAUCCCAAGGACAGCAAUUCAACAACAUCCAAUAUGAUACGUGUCAACAAGCACAGGUCAACAAACAAACAGAGGUCGGUGAAGGACAUCAAGAUAAAGAUUAAGGAGGUAAAAUAAAAGACAAUAAUUAGAUGAUAAAUAAAGUGUGUUAAAUGCAUUUAUGUGUUAACUGUAACACAAAAAACAUAAUAAAGCUGCCUGAAAUCUUGAACACAA